AUGGCUGAUCAGCAAGCACCCAAUCCUCAAGGAGAACAACCUCAAAUCUCACCAGAUUACUCUCAAUUUAUGGAACAAAACCAGGUCAUGCUCACCAACAUGAUGAAAGCUUUCAUUCAGGCACAAAAUCAUGCACCUACUGUCAAGUUGCCAACACCACCUACUUACAGUGGAAAUCGCAAUGCAAGCGAGAUUGAUGCCUGGAUUCGUUUGAUUGAUAAACAAAAGCUGCACAAUGAAUGGACUGACGAACGCACCUACAAUUUUGCUUCUUCCUUGUUAUCUGGGCGUGCUGCCACCAUUGUGGCUCAUCAUGAAGACCCCAACAGUCAUUUCACGACACCUACCACUUGGACCGCACUCAAGGAAAUCUUGAUCAACAACUUCCGUCCCUCCAAUGACCAAGAUUUGGCUCGUGAUGUUCUGGUUACCAUUCGCCAAACAAGUUCAAUUCGUGAUUAUGUGGAUCGCUUCAUGGAUGCUGUCAUUCCCAUCAAGGAUAUCGGUGAACGUGAACAGUGUGAUCGUUUUAUGAGAGGUUUGAAGGACAAGGAUUUGAUUGCUUCGAUGCGUGCCAUGCCUAUCGAAUCACGUACUUUGGAGAGACUGUUCUCUGAUGCUUUGGCGUAUGAAUUUGCGCAUCAUCCGGAGAUCAGUGCUGGUGUUCAGACAAACACCAGAUACAACAUCAACAGCGACGUACAGCCUAUGGAUUUAGAUGCCAUCAUGCAUCGCAACAACAACAACAACCACAAUAGCAGCAACAACAGAUAUAACAACAGAAACAACAACAGAAACAACCGUGGCCGUGGUAGACAACAUGACCCCAGUCUCACUUGUUUCCACUGCAAGAAAACUGGACACACCACCAAGAACUGCUACAUUCGUGCCAUUGAAAUCAUGCAUGCUUUCGACAAAUUGGAUCUGGACACUAGACGCAAGCUAUUCAAGAAUGUUGGUGUUUUGAACUGUAUUCUGGAUGUUGAAUACAUGGAAGAGGAAAACCAUGGUUGUGAUUGCAGCCAAUGUCAAAGUAGUAAUAAAGCUAGUGGCUCCUCUUACUUGCUGUCUUUAUGUGAUAAAAUUGCAGAUGAGAAAAGAAAUGCACAGAUGGAUGAUUUGAAUCAAGUCAUUGCCAUGAUGGAUGCCUCUGCUGUUUCUUCUCCUGUUUUGGUUUCUGUGCCUGUUAUUCCCCCUGAUAAUGUCUCUGUACCUGUGCCAGACAACAAUAAAGUGGUAAAUGUCGUUUCGCCACCCUCGUUGGAUCAGGGCUUAGUAUCGAAUACCGUGGAAGAGAAGGUAGACUCAAACCCCGUGGUUGUCAACUCAAAUGCCCGUCGUCCUGUGGAAUUGACCCCUAUAAUUCAUGACUUGGAUAUGUCAACUACCGUUGAUCUCACCACUGAUUCGGUGUACCUGACAAACCUACUGAAUGCAGCAAAUACCUCAACUCUACCUUUGUAUGGAGCAACUAUCAGACUCAACCGAUCUCCGGGUGUAGUCAAUGUCAAGUGCCUAAUUGACAAUGGUGCGAGUGAAAACUAUAUCUCAAGCAGAAUUGCAAGGAUGAUUGAGGGCCAUCGUAGCGUGAUCCACGGUAGAGAGGUUGAAACUGCAGGUGGGAAUGUAUCUCCUAUCAAUGAAAAGAUUGUCUACGAUUUGAAUUUGCAAGGUCAUACAAGUCCAAUGUCAGCAUUCGUCUUUGAUACAAAGUUUGAUGUCAUUCUUGGUAGAUCCUGGCUCAAGGAACACAAACCUGUUGCAGAUUGGUUUGAUGAUACAUGGACCUUGUCUUGUUGUGGUUCUGGUAAAACCACUAUCUCACCUACGUCGUCUUCCUGUGUGGCAAGCACACCAACUCAACAACCGCCUGAACUAAACUAUCUGGUAUCUCAUCUUCAAGCAGAAAAAAUGUUGAAGGAGGAAGGCACAAAUGCAUGUUUCUUGUACAUGAUGGAUAAAGGAGAGAAGGAUGGCGCAAGCACUGGAAUUAUUCAAGAGAACGUGGUAUGGACAGAUCAACUGAUGAAGGAUUUUCCAACGGUUUUUCAAGACAAAUUACCUGGCCUACCACCCAACAGACAAAAUUUCUCGCAUGUGAUCAACGUCCCUGAAGGUGUCAAUCCCAUCAAUAGACCUCCUUUUCGUAUGAGUCCAGCUGAACUUGAUGAAUUACAGCGUCAACUGACCGAAUUGCAAUCUCUGGGCCUCAUUCGACCAUCGUCGUCACCAUGGGGUGCUCCUGUAUUGUUCGUCAAGAAGAAAAAUGGUGAAAUGAGAAUGUGUAUUGACUACCGUGCGCUGAACAAGGUUACUAUCCGUAAUUCUACUCCUCUACCUCGUAUAGACGAAUGUCUGGAUCGUUUGCAAGGUGCUUCUUGGUUCACUUGCCUGGAUCUUCGUUCAGGCUACCACCAAAUUAGGCUAAAAGACUCUGAUAUCCCACUUACUGGAUUUAAUACCCGAUAUGGUAAAUGGGAAUGGCUUGUGCUGCCUUUCGGGCUUUCAAAUGCCCCACCCAGUUACCAAACUUGGAUGAACGGAGUUUUAAAGGAUUGCAUUGACAAGUUCGCCCUGGUUUACUUGGACGACUGCUGUAUCUUUAGCAAAACGAAAGAAGACCAUAUCAAGCAUGUUCGUCAAGUAUUAUCCAUCUUUGAAAAGGAAGGGCUCAUUGUCAACCUGAAAAAGUGUGAGUUUGGUAAGCGUGAACUGGAAUUCUUGGGUUACAAGGUCUCGGCAAACGGCAUCUUGCCAUCUUCGUCAAAAGUGAAAGCUAUUCAAGACUGGCCACGACCUACCAAUGUUCAAGAGGUGCGUCAAUUUGUUGGAUUAGCACAGCAUUAUCGCCGUUUCUGCCCGAAUUUCUCUUCUGUGGCUGCCCCUCUUACUGAAUUAACCCAUGGUAAUGGUGCUAAGAAGCGCGCUAUUGUCUGGAAUGAUCAAUGUGAAGUUAGUUUCAAAGCCAUCAAGCAAAUGCUAACAUCAUCUCCUUUAUUGAAACUACCUGACAUGCGCAAGCCAUACCGUAUUGAAACUGACUCGAGUGAUUUUGGAGUAGGCGCAGUGCUCUUACAAGAGGAUUCUGAUUCUUCUGCUUGGUUGCCAAUUGCGUAUGAAUCAAAGAAAUUGUCUCCGGCUGAACAGAAAUUGCCUGCCCAAGAACGUGAACUGAUUGCUAUUAUUCAUGCUUUGAGAACUUGGCGUUGUUUUGUUGAUGGCUGUCAAGGUGGUUAUACUGUGUAUAGUGAUCACAAGCCUCUGAUCUACUUCAAAUCUCAACUGAACCCCACACCCCGUCUUGUUCGCUGGAUUGCAGACUAUGAAGCAUUCUCACCGAACAUUGAAUACAAAGCCGGAAAGGACAACCAGGUGGCCGAUGCUCUCUCAAGAAAGCCAGAUUUGCUUGUGGACAAUGGUGAGGAUAUUCCUUCUUUGGCACCUGAAUACUUGUAUGCUGCUUGGGGUCAGCUAUCUGACACCAUCAAAUCGGACUGGCCAAUAUUGUACGUCAACAAGAACUAUGAGAAGAUGAAAUCAGAUGUGUUGAGGAAGCGCAUGGAAAAGGAAGAGGAUCAGUUUGUAGUACGUCAAAGGACAGUAUAUAGAUUAAUAAAGACCGAGGAGGGAUCAGUGAAGCAAGUCAAAUUCAUCCCAUUUUCGGAUCGUGCUGAUUUAGUGUUCAAGUAUCAUGAAGCUUUUGGGCAUGCUGGUAUCAAGACUAUGCUGAAAAUGCUCACGGAAAGGUACUGGUGGCCAGGUUUGCGAAAGGAUAUUCUAGACUGGUUGAAAACUUGUACUGCUUGUCAGCUGAAUAGUCGUCGUGAUCAUGUUCAUCAAGAUGUCAUGCACCCUCUACAAAUACCUCAAGCUUUUGAUCGUUGGCAUUUGGAUUUUGUGGGUGAAUUGCCUACAACUGGAAAUGGAAACAAAUGGUUGUUGACGGCUGUGGAUUACCUCACAAACUGGCCUAUCGCAAGAUCAGUACCUGUAGCAUCUACGGAAGCGGUAGCGGAUUUCAUCUAUGAGGAGAUUGUCAUGCGAUUUGGCUGUCCCUCUGAAAUUGUGACGGAUCGAGGUGCCAACUUUACUAGUGGCCUUGUAGCAGCUUAUACCAAGCGUGUUGGAACAAACCACAAGCUGACCUCGGCAUUCCACCCUCGCACCAACUCCAAAGUUGAACGAUACAAUGGCGUGAUCAAGCAAAUGCUUCGUAAGUACGUCAAUGGUGCUAUUCAUCGCUGGGAUGAUUUUGUACAUGCGGCUUUGUGGGCAAGUCGAAUUCGAGUGCACUCAACAACUGGUUUUUCACCCUAUUAUCUGGUGUACGGACGCGAACCUAGACUGCCUGGUGAUAUUUUGAGGCCAUAUAUUACCAAAGAAAUGCUGUUGAAUAAACGCACUGUAGCUGACCUGACCUCGCGUGAACUAGAAUUACUUGGUCAACAUCGUGCUGCUGCAGAAUUCCGUUUGAAAGCCAUGGGGGAAGCUGACAAGAAACGUUGGGAUGCCAAGAUCAAGCCUACAAAUUUCGAAAUUGGUGACAUGGUUAUGCUAACUCAUGAAGGCAAAUUUGGUUUGGAACCUCGCUAUAAAGGACCCUACAUAGUGACAAAGGUGUUCCCUGACUUUGGUACUUAUCAACUAGAGACUGUUACUGGUGAACCAUUGCAAUCAUUGGUGCAUGUGGACAGAUUGAAAGCAGCAAAAGGUGACAAACCAACAGAGCCAUGGUAUGAUCCUACUUCUAGUCGUCGUGCGGUUCGUGAAGCUGAUCGUCUUCGUAUUGAUUCAAACACCAAUUCCAUUGAUCCCAAUGGCACUACUACCACUACUGCCUCAUCAUCAACACCGGGUUUUCCCUCAAAUCUAGGUCUGAAUCAGCCUCAAGAUGAUUUUAUCGAUAUGCCUGUCCCAAUUCACAGCACACCAACACACAGUUCAACUACACCACCUACUACCGCCAUUACCACCACUACAACGGAAUCACCAAACAACACUCAGUAUCAUCAUAUAGUCGCACAGCAACAGAUAUCAGACGAGGAUAGUUCUCUACAUGGCAGCAGUGUGAUGGAUGAAAUCGAGGACAACGAGCAUGGAUUGGAUCAGAUUACGGAUGGAUACGAUUUUUCGUCGUUGGCUGAUAGCGAUAUUGAAAUUCCAGAUCAACCAUCAGCACCAUCUCCACCACCAGUCAUGGUUCCAUCAUCGUCAUUCUCUACAACAUCGUCUUAUAUGUCAUCACAAUCUACAGUGUCAAAUACAAGUGAUGACGCCGCAAUCAACGAAACAGUUAGUGUGGAUACAGAUCUCGAACUGGAUGAACGUGUGUCAGAGCCAGAAAAUACAGAUAUGGUGCCAGAUCUUCGAAAUGAACCUCAUGUUGUUCCUCCUGCUAGCCCGCCUUCUGUUAGUCAAGCUACGCCAGAACCUGAUUCCACUACUAUUGUGAAUUUUUUCCCUCCUACUGAUACAAACCAAACCCCCAUUGUACUUACUUCUCGUCCUGGGCCACCAAAAAGUACUUUUGUCUUCAAAACUCCUGCCAUUCCAAAGAUUCACACGCAAAAUGAGACCACCCAACCUGCAAAAAACGUCGAUCUCUCUUCUCACAUGCCAAACACUGCCACUGGUUCAUCAAGUUCAAGUGAUGUUCAGGGUCGAACAUUUGUCUCGAAGGGGGGUGAUGUCAGGGUUGAAGGGUAUUCUGACAGUGAUUUAGAUCUGCAGGAUAUCAUUGACAGACUAAACACAAACAAGAAUAAGAAGCGCAGGUUUAAACCUAGAGCGCCAGCUACCAGGAACAUUAAACAGCGAUUAACCUGGAUAGCGCACAACAUUACACAAACUAUAUUGGAUAAAAUCAAUGUUCAAAUCUAA